CGCUGCACGGUGUUGCUAUCUGCGGAUCACGCCAUGGGUAAACUGCUGGCACUGUUAACGCUGCUGCUGUGCGUUGCCGCCUUGGCGCAUGCGCAGUUCAGCCAGAGCGCUUCCGCCCGUCCCGGCGGAGGUUUCAGCGGCCCUGGUUCCAGGAGGCCAGGAGGAGGUGGCGGCUUCGGCCCUGGAGGAGGUGGCGGCUUCAGCCCUGGAGGAACUGGCGGCUUCAGCCCUGGAAGAGGCGACGGCUUCGGUCCUGGAGGAGGUGGUGGCUUCGGCCCUGGAAGAGGCCGUCCUGGCUUCGGCAGUGGCGGCUUUGGCGCUGGAGGCGGUCGAGGCAUUGGUGGCUGA